CUCGCUCAUCCCGCCGCCACACGAGCUCACGCGGGGGAAGCAGGCAGGCAGCAUCCGAGAGGGCUGCGUCCUCCUGGAUGAAGAGGAGGAGUACAGUCGAGGAUGAUUAAGAACACGAUGGAGCAGCUUUGGGCUUUUUAGGCGGGAGGGAGCGCGGCGAGGAAAUCUUACGGAUUAACCUCGACACCACUAGACGUGCCCACCUCCGUCUGGGGAGUUCCACAAUGUAAAUGUAUCGUAGCUUCUGGGCCAUGACCUCUCCUGGAUUUACCCGGACCGUUCUUCUCUUCGUAGCUUGGAUUUAAAGUUUUGCUCGGACCGGGCCGGCAGCGGUGGCGGCUGCCGCGACGGCGGCGGGAGGAGCGCACCACCGCCUGGGAGCUUUGGGAUAACCUUACGGGACGCCGCCAUGAGGAUCCCCGCCACCUCCCGUCUCUGCCCCAUCCUGGUCUGCCUCUGCUUCAUCCAGAGGGCCGACGGGGCCGGCCACCACCCGCCCGCCAAGGUGCUCGCCAGGGGCCAGACUAAGAACCAGACCGGGGAGACGGAGGUGCACCACAGGCCCAAACGGGGCUGGAUCUGGAACCAAUUCUUUGUUUUAGAAGAACACAUGGGGACGGAGGAGCAGUACGUGGGGAAGCUGCACUCCAACUCGGACAAAGGCGACGGAUCGGUCCGCUACAUCCUCAGCGGCGAUGGCGCGGGGACGAUAUUCCUGAUCAACGAGGUGACGGGCGACAUCCACGCCACCAGGAGCUUGGACCGGGAGAAGAAGUCGCACUAUGUCCUGCACGCGCAAGCCUUGGACCGCAACACGGGGGAGGCGCUGGAACCAAAGUCGGAAUUCAUCAUCAAAGUCCAAGACAUCAACGACAACGCGCCGCGGUUUCCAGAAGGACCUCUUGAAGCCACGGUGCCCGAAAUGUCUGAAGUGGGGAUGUCUGUGCUGCAAGUCACAGCCACCGACGCGGACGACCCCACCUACGGAAACAGCGCCAGGAUCGUCUACAGCAUCCUGCAAGGACAGCCAUAUUUCUCCGUGGACCCCAAAACAGGGGUCAUCAGGACUGCCUUACCCAACAUGGACCGGGAAGCCCGGGAACACUACACUGUGGUCAUCCAGGCCAAAGAUAUGGCGGGCCAAGUCGGCGGCCUCUCCGGAUCCACUACCAUCAACGUCACGCUGACCGACGUCAACGACAACCCACCAAAGUUCCCACAAAAAAAUUACCAGCAGUACGUCCCCGAAUCGGCUCAAGUCGGGAAGCCGGUGGGGAAGAUCAAAGCCAACGACGACGACCUCGGCGCCAACGCGGACAUCAGGUACAGCAUCAUCAACUCAGAGGGCGCCAACAUGUUCUCCAUCGCCACUGACAGGGACACGAAAGAGGGGAUCAUCACGCUCAGAAAGCCAUUGAACUACGAGCGAAAGAAGACGUACACGCUCCACAUCGAGGGCACCAACACCCACGUAGACCCUCGCUAUUCCUACCUGGGCUCCUUCAAGGACACCACCGCCCUCAAGAUCACGGUGGGCGACGUGGACGAGGCGCCCGUCUUCUCCUUGGACUAUUACAUCAUGGACGUGUACGAGAACUCACCCGGCGGCACGGAGGUGGGCGCCGUCACGGCCCGGGACCCCGACAGCAGGAACAGCCCCGUCAGGUACUUCAUCGACAAAAAGGAGGUGGGGACUAACUACUUCCGGAUAGACGAGAUCAGCGGCGUGAUCAGGACCACGCAGCCUUUGGACCGGGAGGACACGGCCUGGCACAACAUCACCGUGAUGGCCUCGGAGGUUGACAACCCCGGCCUCUUCAGUCACAUCCCGGUCACCGUGCAGGUCCUGGACGUCAACGACAACGCGCCGCAAGUGGCCGGCGACGAGGACAUCAUCGUUUGCGAGAGCACGCGGGCAGGACAGGUGAUCCAGACGGUCAGCGCCAUGGACAAGGACGACUUUGCCAACGGACAACGCUUCUCCUUCGCCCUGCCCGGCCAGCUGCCGGUUAAUCCCAACUUCACCCUCAAGGACAACGAAGACAGCACGGCCAGCAUCGUCGCCAGGCGGCGGCGCUUCAACCACCUGACCCAGGAGCUGUACGAGCUGGCCGUGGUGGUGUGGGACAGCGGGGAGCCGUCCCUGAGCGCCACCAGCACCCUGACCCUGCGCGUGUGCCCCUGCCAGCGCCACGGCAAGAUCCGCAUGUGCCAAGGCGAGGCCUUCCUGUCCUCGGCGGGCCUCAGCACGGGGGCGCUCAUCGCCAUCCUGUUGUGCAUCGUCAUCCUGCUAGUCAUCGUGGUUCUGUUCAUGACUCUGAGACGGAGCAAGAAAGAGCCGCUCAUCAUCUCCGAGGAGGACAUCCGCGAGAACGUGGUCACCUACGACGACGAGGGCGGCGGCGAGGAAGACACGGAGGCCUUCGACAUCAUCGCCCUGCGCAACCCGGCCGCCGCCGAGGAGCUCAAGUUCCGCCGGGACGUUCGCCCGGAGGCGAGGCGGCUCUGCGGCGGCCCCAGGGGCCACCGGAGCCCCUCGUUGGAGCUGGACGAGGUGGACGUGCACGAGUUCAUCAAGCAGAGACUGGUGGAGGCCAACAUGGAUACAAGCGGCCCGCCCUACGACUCGCUGCAGACCUACGCCUACGAGGGCCAAGGCUCGCCCACGGGCUCCGUCAGCCCGUUGGACUCCCUGGGCACGCAGUCGGAGCAGGAUUAUCACACUCUGGACAACUGGGGGCCUCAGUUCCAGAGACUGGCAGAACUCUACACAGAGGCAGAUUCAAACAUGAAGACUUAGUACCUCAUUCCCUUUCCGAACCGGAACGGAUUGAAAAACCUUUUGGGAUCUUUCGCGGACAGUUUGGAGAAACAUCUACUGUCCAGUUAUUUUUACCUUCUAAAUUGAAGGUUUCUUUUUUUAUGUUCCUUUUUCGGGGGGGAUCCUGGCUCCUUCUUGUGGAACUACUGGAUCGGAUUUUGGGAAGAAAGAACACUAUGGGGGAAAAUGAAAGGGAUAUUUUCCUUGUGUAUAUUUUUUAUGGCUCAAUAAAGUUGUGAUAUCCAGGUGGGUA